UCCAAUGUUGAACCAGUUAUGAUUAUGUAAAAUGCACGAGUAACAUUUAGCGCAAAUGUAAACGUUAUUUGGUUUUCUUUGGUCCAUUUAAUUUGUUUCCAUAGCAACAGAAAAUGGUAAACAAACAACACUGAAAAGUUUCUGCUUAAAAUUUAUUUUGAAAAUGUUUCGAGGCGACAAUUCUCAUUCAUUAAGUUAUGAACAGCAAGCAAAGUUUAUACAAGAUCGUAUUGCAAACGUGGAGAAACACUUUGGAGAAUUAUGUGUUGCUUUCGGAGACUAUACACGAAAAACUGCGCGGCUGCGCGAUAUGGGCGAUGAACUUAGUAAGGUGCUGAAAGAUUAUGCCAACAAUGAAAUUGUUAACAAAUCUUUAAGUACUGGCCUUGAAAACCUUUCUCUUACCUUAACUGCCAUAGAGGAGUACCGAAAUUGCGAAGUUCAACGAUUAGAAGCGAAGGUGAUUGGGGAGCUGUGUCAAUAUGAGACAAUAUGUAAACACGCGAGGGAGGAGUUGAAACACACGAUGAACGUGAGGGAGAAGGAGCUGGCCAGGAAGAAGGUGCUAGACAAGGCGCGGGAAAGGCAGCCCUUCAACAGGCAACAAACAUACGCGGAGUCAGAACUGCUGAAGGCGUCAGCUGAGAUGUCGCGUACGGCAAAAAGCCUAAGCGAACAGACGGAGUUUUUCGAACGACGCAAACUACAGCAGCUGAAAACUUUGCUGACAGACUUCGUGAUGGUGGAACUGACCUUCCACUCGAGGGCCCUGGAGCUGCUCUGUGUGGCGCAUCAGCAAAUCAAAGAUAUCAAUGACAAGGCAGACCUUGAGCGUUUAAGCACAGGUCUGUCGGAAGGAGAGGAGCAAACGAACUUCAGAAGAAAACUGCGGUCUCCUGAAAAACAAGUGAGCACGGGGAUAUCAGCAAGGUCUUCCUCAUUAGCGUCCCUCAUGAAUCUGCAGUCGCCGAGUAAAGAUGAAGAAGAAAUGAGUUCGCGGAAGAUGAAAUCGCCAGAGAGGGGGGCGAUGGUGAGGUCGAACUCUAUGGCUGCGCUGAUGAAUCAUUCGUCUUCGAAAGACGAGGAGGAGACAACGGAAUCCGGCGAUUCUGACGAAGAGGAUACUACAGAAGACAGCGAAUCGCGUUGAGUACUUAAUUAGUUUUUCAUUGAGUACUAGACUUUUAGGCGUUCGUACAAAAUGUACAUUUUUAGAAGUAGGUACAAUAGUAGUCUAAUAAACUUUAUAACUGGAAA